GGGCAUCUUCUCCGUUCUCCACCAAAACAGAACACCAAGCCAAAGGGGACUCUGAACCGCGAGCGAGGGUUUUUCGCCUCGGACCUCGCCGCGGAGAUUUUCCUGCCUGCCUACCUCCGCCGAAUGCAACCCACGAUCGCCGCCGUCUCAGCUGUGUUCUUCCCUUUCAGCUGGUGCUAAAUCCCCCGGAUUCUGCUGAUCGCUGGUUCCUCCGCCCGAGUUCAGCGCCAUGCCAUGCAGACCCUUGAGGGUUGAGAUUUCCUGACUUGUGCAGCUGCAGUACUCGAUGGAAGACCUCCCUGAGCCACUGCUAGCCGAGAUCCUCAAAUGGAUUACCAGGGCAAGUGAUCGCAAUUCUCUAUCCCUCGUGUCAAAGCACCUCUACACCAUUGAGGCGGAGCAUAGGGACACUAUCCGCAUCGGUUGUGGACUUCACUCUACAACAGAACCUUUAGAAUCACUUUUCUCCCGGUUCCCCAAUUUGUUGAAAGUUGAGAUCGAUUACUCUUGUUGUUCGUCCAGUCAAGGGAAGCAGUUGGACAACCAAGGCCUCCAUAUGCUUUUAUCUCACUGCCCCUCACUGUCUGAUCUCACCUUAAGCUCCUGCUCAUAUGUCAAUAACUCUAGUCUAGCUUAUGUUUCUUGCUUUGCUAAGCUGAGGUCCCUCAGGCUGAAAUGCACAUCAACAGUAAAUUCGAGUGGGCUUCUUUCGGUGGUGGCUGGUUGCAAGAGUCUUUCACUCCUCCACCUUGUCGACUGUAAGGGAGUAGAUAACAUGGAAUGGCUGGAGUACCUUGGCAGGUAUGGAUCAUGGGAAGAGCUUGUGGUAAAGAAUUGCAACGAAAUCAGACGAUAUGACCUCCUAAAGUUUGGUCCAGGAUGGGCGAAGCUCCAAAAGUUCGAGUUUGAGAUGAAUGGAAAGUACCGGUGCACUCCGCCACAUGAUCCCUCCUAUCCACAUAGCUAUGACAUAAGCUGUGAGAAUUUGAAGGAACUUAGGUUGGCUCGUAUUGUAACGACACAAGUAUUCGGACUCCGUUUCCUCUUGGGGAAGUGCAAAGCAUUAGAGAAACUUUGGCUCGAGUUUGUUGUUGGUCUAAAUGAGAAUGAGCUGAUCAAAAUCUUCCAGAACUGCAGCAACCUUAAAAGCAUCUCAAUUUGGCGCUGCAGUUUUCAAUUUGGGACUGCAUUGACUAAUAAUACAUUUAAGGCUCUAGCCCUCAGCUGCCCAAUGCUUCAGGUUCUUGAGAUCUCCUGCAGAAUAGGCUACACACAGAAGGGUAUUGUAGCACUCGUCCAGUCCUGUCCAAUUCGUGAUCUUGUACUAAACGGUGGCAGCAUUUUCCGUGACGAGGGGGCGGAGGGCCUCUCAUGCUCACGGUUCUUGGAGAGGCUGCAUCUCGUGUGCUGCAGCUCUAUAACUGAUGCUGCGAUGAAUUUCAUUAUAGAGUCUCCUUGCUUGAGUAAUCUCACACUCAGCAGAUGUGAUAAUGUGACAGAUGAUGGAAUGGCUGUGCUAGUUAUAAACCGUAGUAGUAAUUCCCGUCAAAAACUGUAGUAGUAAUAAUUAUAAAUUAAUUGUAAGACAGAUGCACUCAUUUCCAUUUACAAUAAUUCAAAUGUUUUAUACAUGUUUUUGGUAAUUCAACA